AUGAACCAAGCGCGACAAAAUUUCUAUAGACAGUUUAUCUCAGAGAACAGUCAAGAUCAGAGGAAACUAUUUCGUGCAACUAAAGGUCUUUUUAGACACGAUUCUGAUCUUGCCUUUCCCCACUAUAACGACAGCAAUGCUCUGUCUAAUGAUUUAGGACAAUUCUUUGCUCAAAAGAUUAUCAAUAUUCGCUCUGAACUUCAAACAGCAUCAACCUAUGAACAAGCAGUUUUUUCUGACAUGCCGUCGGUGUCACUGAACAGUGACCAGAUUUAUCAAGAAUUUUCGCCUAUGAGCGAUGAUGAUACUGAACGGCUAAUAACCUCGUCAAACAAGAAAUCUUGUUCCUUGGAUCCUAUCCCAACUAAAUUGGUCGUCGAAUGCCUGAAUGUUCUUCUGCCUGUUAUUACCAAAAUGAUUAACCUUUCACUAGAGUCUGGCAUUUUCCCAUGUGUCUGGAAAGAGGCUGAUGUCCAGCCAAGACUCAAGAAGCAAGGCUUGGAAGUAAUAUUUGAAAACCUACGACCUAUCUCCAACCUCCCAUACGUUUCAAAACUAGUCGAAAGGACAGUUUACAAUCAAUCCCAUAAUCAUCUAUCAGUUCAUCAUUUGUACCCUGGUAAUCAAUCGGCAUAUCGAGAAUUUCAUAGCACCGAGACAGCACUACUGCGUGUUAAGAACGAUAUACUUAUGAACAUGAAUAGGCAACACGUCACUUUACUUGUACUGCUCGACCUCAGUGCUGCGUUUGAUACCGUCGAUCAUGUUCUCCUACUUCAGCGCCUGCAAUUGAAAUUCGGUCUAUCUGGAACUGUUCUUAAAUGGUUUACAUCUUACCUUUCUCAGCGAACACAAAGAGUUACAGUUGGCGGUGUGUCUUCCGAGAAAUUCAAAGUUGAUUGUGGUGUUCCUCAGGGAUCGUGUCUAGGUCCGCUUCUGUUCGUUCUUUAUGUAAGCGAACUACUUGAGUUAAUAGAGCGUCACCUACCAGAUGCACAUGCUUAUGCCGACGACACCCAGCUUUAUAUCUCGUUUCGCGCAGAUUCUCGUAUCGACCAAGAAACUGCAGUCCGAACUGUUGAUAUGUGCAUUGAUGACAUCAAACGAUGGAUGCUUGCUAAUAGACUGAAACUCAACGAGGGAAAAACUGAAGUAAUUCUAAUCGGGACGUGGCAACAACUCGAAAAAAUCGACUUCAAUAAUAUUCGUGUUGGCAGCAAUGUUGUUACUUGUGUUGAGAACGCCAAGAACCUCGGCUGCUGGUUUGACUCGCACAUGAAAAUGGACACCCAUGUUACUAAAUGCUGCAAAGCUGCCUUCUUUCACAUUUAUAACAUUAGACGUAUUAGGAAGUUCCUCGAUCAACAUACAACUCAGAUUCUUGUGCAGGCUUUCGUUAUAAGCCGCCUGGACUACUGUAACAGUCUUUUUUAUGGCCUUCCUUCAACCCAAUUGAGGAAAUUACAAGCUGUUCAAAACGCGGCAGCCCGGCUUAUCUGCAAUACUCCUCGAUUCGAUCAUAUCACUCCUGUCUUAUAUGAUCUUCAUUGGCUCCCGAUUAAGUCCCGCAUCGACUUUAAAAUCCUCCUUAUUACAUACAAGGCCCUAAACAAUCAAGCUCCAACGUACAUUAAAGAGCUCCUCUCAAUUAAAAAACCCACCAGUUACAACCUUAGAUCCCACUCUGAUCCGUGUCUACUAGAACGCCCCAGACUUAAAACUCUUAAGACCUUCGGUGAUCGAUCAUUUUCUCUCGCUGCCCCAACUUUAUGGAACGCUCUUCCCAAAGCUAUCAGGAUUGCAUCCUCAACAGCUACAUUUAAAAAGUUACUAAAGACAUUUCUAUUCUUAGAAGCUUUUAAUUAAUGCUUGUGCAUGUUCCAUUUUUACUUCUAGUUAUCACUGUGAUACUUUUAUAAAUUCUUAACAUUAUUGUAAUAUAUUUUUAUCUAAUAUUUAUAAUUUGUAUAUUAUUUAUUACUGUAAGAAGCGCACUUGAACAUAUCCACAUGAAAAAUGCGCUAUACAAAUGUAAUUUCAUUAUCAUUAUCACCAAAUUUACAUUGCUUCCUGUGUCCCUUGCAGUCGCAGCAGUGGUCGCAGCUUGGCAGUUUGCAUAUCAAUUUUGUUACGCUAGUACAGACCGUGUUGUAGUCCAUGCAUGAAUUUAUUUCUGCCUUAAUCAGUCAGAGCAUUACAGUAGGUUGCUCGUUUUCAUGAGUUCCUCGUAUGGGAUCGUGUGUUUUAAAGAGAUAAUAGUAAAAUAGGAAUCCGUAAUUAUUUUAAUUUGUUAUACUUGCAGAGACUUUAGAUGUUUUAGAGGAAUGGAUAACUGAUAUUUUUACCUUAAUUCCAAGGCGGUAAGGGUGCCUCCCUUUUUUAUUAUAAUUAUGUUUUACUUUACAAUUACAUGCCGUAUACUUUCGUGAGUCUAUAUAUUAUAGUGAGGUUUAUAGAAUUGACUUCUUUCUUUUUUUUCACUGACUUAGCACCUAUAUCUGAUUGAUUUUUUUUCUGUGUUGGUGUAAUGUACUCAGGUGAAUAUGAUGCUUGUGAUGUUACUCUGAGUGUAUAUCCACACCGGGCAAGCUUGAAAAAUAUGCCUGGCCACGGUGGGAAUCGAACCUACGACCUUUGGAAUGCUAGCCCAAUGCUCUGCCAACUGAGCUACGCGGUCUGGUCUGGAUCGCUAGCAGCUUGCCCGGUGUGGAUAUACACUCAGAGUAACAUCACAAGCAUUAUAUCUGAUUGGUUAAUCGGGAAGAUAAAACGCAUCUGAUUGGUUAAUCGGUAAGAUUAACGCAUCUUGUUGGUUAAUCGGAAAGGUUAAACUCAUCUGAGUGGUAGUGGAAGUCAAAUCAGUAAACCUCACUAUUAUUUGAUACAUACGUUUUAAUCUAAAAUAGUGUAUGCUAUUAUUUUUGUUUAUUCAUUUAUUCCUAUUUCGAUUUUAUGCAUGGCUGAUAAUUUUUAGUCAGCCUGAAUCUUUAUGAAAUCAAGGCAUUGAGCAGCAAUGCAUUAUCAUAAUGUCAUUUUGUUUUCUUGUGCGUGAAAUAUUUCACGCUGUUAUUUCUUUUUCAUUUUUAAGAAAUUCACAAGAUUCAGCUUUCUACGAUAUAAAUGUGAGCUAAUUUAAUAAAAACUAGUCUCUAAAGAAUUUAGAAGAUCUGCAGAGUGUAUUAUUAACAUGCAUGCAGAACAUGUAUAAUUAUACUGAAUGAAAUAAUUCUAAGAGAACGUCAAUUACAUGCUUUCUUUAGAGUGUACGUGGUUUCACACCUGACAAGUUUCAUAAAUUAUAUAAAGGUUUGUAGAUUUACAUUGCCAGGAAGAUUUCUUUUUCUAAAUUUCUGUAAUAAAAUGGAUUUCUAUCUCUAAAUUUAUAUUUAGAUGAGUUUUCUUCGGCAAGUUUCUUAUCUGAGAUGGAAAUCUGUCUCUUUAACCUUUAUUCAAAUUCGACCAAUAUCUCUUAUUCCGCAGUUGUACCAGUAAACGAUAUUCAUGAAGUCGAAAUUACAUGGGUACUUCCUCCUUUGCAAAAAUAUUACAGGUAAAGUAAUUAGGUAAAUAAAUCGUUUCUAAUAUUAAAAAUCAAUCUUUGAAAGUCAUAAUUAAAUGCGUGUAUUUUUAGGACAAAACCUUUGAAUUAUAUAUCUUGGCUUCUUGGACAUGAGAGUCGUGGCAGCGUCCUUGCGUGGUUAAAGGAAAAGUAAGAAAUUGUUGAAUUAGAGAAUACAAAAGAAAACCAUAAAUAUGUAUACGAAGAUAUACAGAACAGUUUCUUUAGUAAUUAACACGCCCCAUGCAGACGUUCAUAAAAUAGGGUUGGCUCAUUAUUACAUUUUAUGACUGAAGACUCUCAUCACCAUUUUUCAAUUGACUAUUCCAAAAAAUGGCAGCUGUAUACAGCUUUACUUUUUAUACCGUCGGAUUUACUCCACUUCAUAAGCAAAUCAUAUAUUAGGAAAUAGAUGUUUUCUCGAGAUAAAUGUGAAUAUCGCCAUCUUUUUUGGUACACUGGGUACUCUCAGUGGUAGCUCUACAAUGUUAAAGUACCAUUGUCCAGUCCUUGAAACUCCCGAAAUUUCAGGUCGGCAAGAAAUUGCCGACCUAAAAUCGAUAAUUCUCAAUCUAGGUCGGCAAAUACUUUCAAAAUAACAAAUAGACAGUAUCCAAAUGAAAAUUUGCUUGCUGCAAAUAUGCGUAUUUAUAAACAGCAAUUAAUUGCAAUCAAUGCCAAUAGCAAACAAAGCAACUAACAAAAUGUAUGAACUCCAAUCGAACAGUACAUGUUGUGACCAAAUGUUGUGACAGACCGUACACUACUUUAUUAGGCUACCAUAUACUUACGCUUAAAUCUUGAAGCUCGAUGAUUUUAACACGAUGUUUACUUUUCGAAGUUUCAAAUAUCACCUUUCAACAAUGAAACUGCAAUGUUUGUAAAUUUGGUACUCGCAAAGCAUAUUUGACUACGCAAGCUAAUGAUCAAAACCUGAUAAUUAAAACAUCAUCGUUGAAAAUGCGUACGUGAAAGAUGCGUUCGCGGAAAAAAUGCCGAGACGUAUUUGAAAGUAGGUCGGCAAAAUUUUGCCGACCUAAAUCUACACAUAUCGCUUUGCAGGUCGGCAUUUAGGUCGGCAUUGCCGAAUGCCGACCUGAGUUUCAAGGACUGAUUUGAAAUAAGAUUUGAAUUAUGUUACCCCUUUCCACAGUCAGGGUAUUAACAUACCCAGUGCCGCGAAGGGGUAUGUGGGACAUUUUGCCACAGGUUCCCAGCUCAAACGGGACCCCAAAGCGACGAAGUACCUUACAUUUUCUUGGUACAACACCGCUUCUCCUGUUUUACAAUCACGACGUCACAGCGCUCCUGGGGAUGCUUUUUCCCCGGGCCCCGCGCAAUUUGUUGGCGACCCUGACAAUGCAAAAUAUAUAUGCGCCAUUAGCAUCGUCUAAGUUCAUUGAAAUAUACAUCUACAUGUACCAUUACAGACCAAGAAUGUGAACAUUAUCCUGUUUUCGUUUUCAUCCUCCAAACUAAUGCUUCCUCAAACAACCAGUUACGACCAAAUUGAAACCGUUUAUUGUACUACCUACACUGUACCCCACGUCUGAGCGCAUUAUAAUUAUUAAUAACGGUGAUUAUGAUGAUAAUAAUAAUUAUUAUUAUUAUUUAAAAAUAUUUAAAAACGGUAGUCCUUCAGGUAUAGACAUGACCUGCUUUUCAAGGAGUCGUUUGCAAACUGCUUAAAUUAACAAUACUAUAUAUAUAAUUAUCUAUAGAGGAUGGGCUACUGCUCUGUGUGCUGGUAACUCUGGAUCUGGUCAAGAAUUUAACACAAUUUAUUCAUUUUUUACAUGUGAAGUUUAUCUAACAGUAAGUAUACUAAAGUAUUUCCUGUACUAUUUAAAUAGUGAAAAAUAAAUUCAGAGUAACACCGGAGAAAAGCUGAAAAGUUGCUUAACCGCGGUGGGAAUAGAACCCGUGACUUUAUUGGCUUGCUAGUUCAACGCUCUACCCCGAAAGUCUCGGGUUCGAUUUCCAUAGCGGCCAAACAAUUUUUAGCUUUUUUUUAGCCUGGUCUGUGCGGAGACACUAUAAGAGUAGCAUCAACCAAAGAAAUAAACACCUGCACAUGAGUUAAACACUACAACUACUAGACGUUAAAUGUAGAGUAGCGCAAGCGAAAAUAGCAAAGCAUUCAUAACUGCCCUUGACGAAAUAGACAAUCCACACCUAUAACAUGAUUGUACUGAAAAUCAUUCUGAUAGCUGUGUCUUUCUUCUUUAAGGUCAGUGGAUUGGAACAUUAUAUUGAGGUAAAGGAUUAAUAUAUAAUGGGUUUUUUUAUAUUUAUCACAAUCUUGUAACUUUGUAAUUAUUCAUCCAAUUUUCAUCCAAACUGAACGAAAAUUUAAUUGACUUAUCCUCAUGGUCUAUGGCCAUUAGCUCCACAAGUUUUCUUAGAGAGUUAUCAUGCUGACAGACAAACACACGCAAACACACAAAUUACAAACCCAGGUGAAAAGUUUUCACCUCAUGGUGGAGGUGGUCAUUAAUAAAUUUUGUAUUGAAUUUAUUCUAUGUAGAUAAUACUAUAGAUGUGUAUUGUGUUUAGGUCAUUGCAGUCAUAUUUCAAUACUUAGAAAUGCUACGGCGUAUCGGGCCUAAUUCCAGGUAUGUUUCAGCAAACGUUAAUGUAAAAGCUGCAGUUAAACAUUGCUGCAAGAAUAGCAACAGACAAUGAAAUUGUGAAGCUACUGUUAUAGAAUUUGUUUGGAUUUUUGAUUUGUGAUAUUUUAGGGUAUUCAACGAAAUAAAGAGUAUUGGAGAUAACAAUUUUAGAUUUAAGGAAGAGGUUUGUUCAACAGUUCAAUGUUACCAUUUUACAGUCAUAUUGUCGACCUUUAACCUGUUUAAGUUUAUUCAGUUUCUCAUUCAUUGCUGAGCGGAUUUCUCAACAGCCUAUUGCUAUACGAUUUUAACGUCCUUAUAGUAACACGAUGUAUUGUUUUCUUAGGUAGAUCCAUCAGACUAUGUUGAAGAAAUUGCUGAAUGUAUGCAGGUUGGUAAUUUACCAUACUUGCAUAUUUACGUCUUUGGCAGGUGGCCAAAAGUAUUUUAUUUCGCAGUUAACCCCGUGUGCAUUGCGAACGAGGCGAAUGAACUAGGGUGGGGUCCAUGGGAGUUUUUCAGAAAUUAAGCCCAAGAAGGUCCAUUUUAGUCUUGCGUUUUUAUUGAAAAGACACCUAUUAACUACGAUCUGGGAGAAAAUCACGCGAAUUCAACUUACGGCGAGUAUAAAAGUUGCGAAAAGAUACUGGGAAAUUGCUAAUAUGCUGGUCAUAUAUAUAUAUAUAGCAGGAAAUAAUGGUGGAUAUAGGUGAUCUAAAUUCUAGCAAGGGCCUGCAAGGCUUUCAGAACUAUUCUGAGUAGGUGUCUAUUUUGAUAAUGUAUAGGCGGCUGUUGGGAGGGGGCGGUCUAGGGAGUCUUAAAGUCAUCCAAAUUAACUAGUGUAUAUUGAUUAGAUAGCAACACAACUGAGUUCUGUAACCAAAUUAUAAUGUUUCAUUACUUUCAUUCUCCACCAGGAUAACUUCAAGAUUUAAGAUGGCAAAUAACUAAGUCGGUUUUACGAAAGAGUACUUCGUUUUCGAAAAUAACCAGGCUAUAAAGUAGACCAGGUUGAUGAAAAAUAACUUGAAAGCUUAGAGUGGAGGAAGGAGAGCAGAAUUGAUAUUUCAAGUACUAAACAAAAAAAAACGGCAGUAAACCUCAUGGCACCCGCCGGAGCUCCGGCGGCCGCCGGCUUAUUUUGAAAGCCCUGUUCUAGGAGACCGCAAACAUUUUAGGACAUUGCACAAUGCUAUAACAGGCAGAUAAAAUAAUUUAUUGGGAAGAAUAUUAGUGAGCUCGGCAGCUUUGACACCUGCAAAACUUAGGAUCUCAGAAACAAAAAUAUUAUAUCUUGCCAUGAUGCUGAAUGUGCCCAGGACCUUCUGAUCCAGGUUUGCAGUUAUAGCUCAAGUCAUUUGCAGCCGCAGAUCCCAACAUCUGACAUCCUAAGUGAUCUACUGACCAGAACUUUCAUUCGGCCUGCAACUUUACCUUAAAAUGUAAAGACUCUACUGUACUGGUUGGCAUCAUGGUGUAAUAUGUUAGAUGUUUUAUUUUGUACAAAAAAGUAAAAAGACAUUGCAAGAUUGUCUUUCCUCGCAGAAAACGUCAAAUUAUUGUAACUACAAUCCCGAGAUUGUCGCAGUCAGCAUUAUCGUCUCAAGGCGCAUUUGAAAGUUCAAACUCGAUUGGCUGAUCAUAUUGAAACCUGAAAAAUGCUCGUUACAAAAGUUUUACCCGAGUAGACAAUGUUUAUAAAUCUUCUACUAUUCAUCCUUAGAUGCAAACGUCAGUAUUAUUAACCUCUUCCCAAGUUUUAUGUGUUUUUUAUAGCUUUAUCCUGAAAAAGAUUAUCUAACAGGCAGUGAUUUAAUAUGGGACUUUGAUGAAAAGGUAUGCUACACCUUGCAUGCAUUACACUGUAAUUUACAUAAAAAAUAUGCAAGGUAUUGAACUUUCAUGCAUGACAGUUUUUGGUACCGAGUAACUGGACUCCUUCAACUCUAGAUUAUCAUUCAACUGAAUAUAAUUCAACUCUUAGUUCAUCUCAAUCUCGUUCCAAGAGCAUGCCCAUUCGCAGCUAACACCCUAACCUGCCCAGCUCACCCCUAACCUGCGAACGGGCAUGCUCUGGGUACUAGAUUGAUAUCAUCUGUACAUGAACUUUUAACCAUCCUCAUCCCCAGGGUCUUUUGGAUCGCGCGACCUUAUUUUCAACGUGUGGCUGAGUGAAAGUGGCUCUGAGUGCGAGAAUGCACUUUUGGUAUGAAUUGGGCACAUAAAUGAGCCAAUUGGAGAAGCCAACGCCACACACUCCAUGAGCUAAAGAAAGUAGGUUACGAUAGGAACACGCGAGCAAGUGAGCGGGACGCGAGUUUUGUGGCGUUUACAGCGAUUAAAUUAUAUUGGGUUUAAAUGUGUGUACUGUAUUAACUUCUCCAGCACAUAAAAUUGUUUUUUCAUUUCAAAAAUUUAAAACAGGAAGACUUGAUUGAAAUUCAACAAAUAGAGAAAACAUUAACCUGAUACUCAGGGUUUUCACUUCUGCUAGCGGGUUUCGGAGGGUAGCGGAAGUGAAAGGCCUGAGCAUCAAGUUGUAGUUUUCUCCAAGCGAAGAGAGCAUGCCUUCCUGCCCUUCAGUGGAGUAAAAGGUGGGAGGCUGGUGUGGGUGCACAAGUAUCCCAAUAACAGAAGUGUGUGGUAGUGUCCCAAAUAUUACCACAAACACUUUUUUAUUAUGUACCUUAUUAUGUUGGACCAAGGCCAAGAAUAUUUGUAACUCUUAGGAUUGGAGUACAAUGAGAUAAAAUUAUAAUCAUUGUGCAUGGCACUGUUUAUGAGAUUGAUAUUUGUUAAAACUCCCCGCAGAAUAAUAAAUUAUAAUGUUCGUAUAAGGAUAAGAAAAUCAAACAUUUUCUGGGGGAGCUCGCCCCCAGACCCUGCUAAACGUUUCUCGCGCCUUUGGCGCUCUACUCGGUAAAUCUAAAUUCCUACUUAUACAUAUUUUAUAGUAUAGUGAUAUUUCAUACGUUUCAGAUAAUUACAGAUGUACAAAACAAUUUAACUCCAGACAAAGCAAAUAUAAUGUUGAUAUCAAAGACGCUAAGUAGUGAAUGUACAGAGAAAGAAAAAUGGUUUGAUACACAAUACUGUGUUCAAGGUUUGUCCUUCCUUAAUUAUAUAGUUUACUUUAAGUUAAUUUGUUUCCAAACGUAAUACUUGUAACGUCUACACUUUCUCAGUUUAAGAACGCCUAAUAUUUAAAUAUGCCAUUUUCUAAACUGCAUGGCAAUUACAUAACCUACGAAAAUAUACUACUAACGCAAAUAUUAUAAUAACAUAUAUAUUAUAAUGUGUAAUAACUUUUUAGAGUUAGUUCUUUAGAUUAUAGUGUAUAUAUGCUGUAUAGUGAUUUUUUGAAAAUAUCGUGUAAUUUAUAUUUAGUAUUGUUUUUCUGUAUAUACAGGGUAUAUCAAAAAAAGCGCAAUCCUCGACUGAAAUGUAAAUUGCUAAACAAAUAAUAGACGAAAACGUUAAAGUUUACAUUCAUUUUAAAGCGUAGCCAUUCAGCUUUCUAACAGUGGGUUGUUUCUUAAAUUUGACUCAUUGGUUCGCGGGUAAUAAUACUUUACGUUAUUGCGAUUGGAGAUUAAAAAAAUGGAGAUGGAAUAACAAAUCGUUCUCAUGAAAAUAACUGAUUUUUUCAUUAAAACAAAAAAAUGUUGUAUUUUAUUAAAGGGAUUGUAACAAUAAGUAUAAUUACGGCUUUUCUUCCACUAUUUUUAACUCAGUUUGAAAUUAACUUCAAAUGCGAUAUAAUUUUUUCCUAUAUUGAAUCAUAACAAAUAGCGCAUAAUCAAACGAAAAGUGCCCUUCGAAUUAAGUAUUAUUUUCCCAUAAAAGUACAUUCAAAAGACGUCUAAAGGCUUAUUCUUUCCUAUACCGUAGGUAACUGAACACAGAUAUAAUCGUAGAGCAAACGUAAGCGAAAAAACAUCAAAUUUUGGGGUGAUUUGUAUAGGCAAAAGUUGGAAAUAUGAUACGCGCAAUACGACACGACUUUUUGUUAACGCAAAGUUUGAUAUGGUGGGAUUUGUUUAAAUACCUCUAUUGCUCUAAUUAUCUAUUAUAGAUAUUGAUAUAAAGUUGAAAGACUGUUUGAAAGGUGCAGCAAAAUUUAUUCACAUUUUACUUAUUAACCAUAUUGAACAGCUUAUAUUUAACAAUUAGUCGCCGAAGGCGAGGUGAUUACAAGCCUAUAUUCACUGAGCCGAAGGCGAAGUGAAUAUAGGCUUGUAAUCACCGAGGCUGAGGCGACUAAUUGUUUUAGUAUAAAUUUCCAGGUGUUUACAAACAAUAAUCCACACAACUUUAUAAAAAUUCACUUCAAAUAAAUUUAUUUUCGCUAUAAAUAGUUUGUUUACAAAAUUUAAAUCUCAGACACGGCUUUGUGUCGCGUUGCGACUAAGCCAGUUUUUGUCCAAAUAAAAGCACGUAAAGUUUAAUAUUUUACCUUGAAAUAUUUUUAAACCAUAUUUUGUAGCUUUUUUUUUUCGGAAUGCUAUCUUCUUUAAUUUUGGCAAUUUCCUCCUCUGUUACUACGGCAAAACGAGCAGCCAUUUUGAAAAAAAGCUAUAGUCACUGACCAGUGACUAUCACUUCAGAGACAGUGAAUCUUGACCAAUCAGAAUGCAGAAAAAUCAAUAGUCACCUGGAAAUUUAUACUAAUAACAAUUAUUGGAUGAAGUUUUUGUGAUAUGCGGAAUUAUCAAAGUCGAGGUAAGCGUUAUCGGCGAGGCUGAUAACGAUUACAGAGACCUUGAUAAUUUUGCAUAUCGCAAAAACCAAAUUCAAUAAUUGUUUUAUUAUACGUUUGUUUGUGUUAAAUAGAUACCGCUUGCUAAUCAUCGCAGGCUCAUUUGGAUAUAACUCAGUUUAAUAUCUGCUGGCAGAUAACUGAAUUAUCUGUAGGUUGCGUGAUUGCGCGAUUUAACUGUAAGCUCUUAGCCAAUCAAAUUGCUUUUACCAACUACAAUGUAUAAUAAUAACGUUUAUGUGCAGGUGUCGAAAGGAAACAAGGACUGAUUAAAAAGUUGAUGAGAGUUCAAAGCAGCAAGAGUUUGCACUAGAGUUUUCUCAAGUCUUAUUAAAAUUUUAAUCAGCUCAAUGUAAAUGAGAGUUGACGAGAGUCGAUAUGAGUCGCAGGGAGCCCACCCCAGAGUCUUACUGGAGAGCAAGAGAGAUAUAGCUCAGUGUUGAAGAAGAAGCAAAGGGCCUGUAAUUUGCGUGCUGGGUGCGCGGGUUCCCACAACCAGCCCGCAAAUUGCAUAGAAAAAUGGUCAUGUUCCUGAGUGUUUAUAGUGUAUAGGUUAUUUCGAGGCAACGAGGGGAUAUGUGAUUUAUUCACCGAGGCGCGCAACUUAUUUUUCACAUUGCGAGGUCGCGUUAAAUUAAUAAGUCAGAAUAGAAAUAAAUCUUAAUGUCAUAUUGCCUUCGUUAUGUUUUUUUUCUCAUUUUUUGUGCUGCAAAGACAUUACAGGUGAAUAUUAGAGGAGAUUAUUAAACGGAAAUUGAUUAGAGGGGAAUUAUUGAACAAAGAUAAGAUACCCGAUAAGAACAAAGCAAACCGAGCAGGGUGAAAAAUAAUGCAUGAUAUUGUAGGCUCCGUCAAAUAUUUUCCCGCGCUUUUGGCGAAAUAAGGUGAAAUUGUACGUUUAAAUAUAGUUCUUAAAGGGAUAUGGGGAUAUAAAUUAAGUUUGUCUUAUUUGAAAGGACAUUUGAAAUGAUAUAUAAACUUCUUUUACAAUUAUUCCGUAUGUUGCUUGGUUUUCGAAAUAAAUCGACUUAUUUUGAUCAAAAGCAGCGUGCAUUCCGCCAUCUUGGAUAUGCAUUCGAUAUGCAUACGUCACAAGUACUGUCAAGUAGGGUGAAAAGCGAAAUUUUUAUCUUGCAAACCACACGUCAUUAUCAAUAUGAAACUCGAUUUUCAUUUUAAGAAACUUUUUGAAGAAAUUUAGCCCUACAUAAAGAAGUUUUAACAAGUUUACCCUGCUUUUGACGUCAUUAAAAACUCAGUUAAUUAGGUCAAUUAUAAUGCCAAGAUGGCGGACUGCACACUGUUUUUGGUCAAAAUAUUUCGAAAACCAAGCAAGGUACGAAAAUUUGUAAAGGCUCUUCAUAUAUAACUUUAAAAGUUCUUUCAAAUAAGACAACGUUAAUUUUUAUUGCCGUAUCCCUUUAACUUUGCCGACUAUAUAUCUCGAAAUAAUUUAGUAGUUUUCCUAAUUAAUAUUCCGUAACGUCAGCAUAUACCAAUGUCACAGAUUAAGAGGAUCUCUUAAUCUGUGCCAAUGUACAUUCUACGCAUGUUCAGUUGCUCCCAAUUUGUGGCGCAAUUUCUGAUCAUAGCCCUGUCUUCAACACUGGGCUGUUUAUUUACAUAUGUAUGUAUAUGCUAUAAUAUACAUCGCUCUCCAAUAACACCUGGGAUGUGCUCCGUGUAGAUGAGUUGCUGCAACUCAUCAACUCUCAUCCUCUUGACGGGUUUUUACUUUUGUACAUUUUAGAUCUCAAUCGUGAUUUGUAUUUGCCGGAAAAGAAUAUAUUUAUUG